AUGAUGAUCAAUGUCAAAUGUUAUAUGAAAGAUUUAAUCCAUUCAUAUGUAAUAUUAAAAACUCGUCUGGAACAUUUAAUUGAUCAGACAAAAUCAAAUAGCAAUGCAAAUUCAGGAACAUCUACUAAUGAAAGUGAAAUAAUGAUACCUUCGAUGUCAACAUAUAUCUCAACAUUAUUGUUAAGUGCAGGUUUAAAGAAACAAUUUCAAUUAGCGAUCAGUCAAUUAGCAUUACUAGGUGAAUUAUCUGUUAAACAAAUUGUAGAAUCUGUUUCUCUUUAA